AUGACCACUUAUAUCAUCAACGACGGGGAGUUUGAAAAACUCCAGAACAAGGUGAUUCUCGUCACUGGUGGUGCUGCCGGCAUUGGCCGAGCCAUUGUGACUCUCGCUCAUGAGAAUGGCGCCAAAGUAGCGUUCUGCGACGUCGACGAGGCUCGAGGCAAACAAGUGGAGCAGGAGCUUGACGCUAACGCGUUCUUCAAGCGAUGCGACGUAUUUGACUGGGAUGAACUCCUCCACUUCUUCCAAGAAACCGUUUCGAAAUUCGGCCGGAUCGAUACAGUCAUUGCGAACGCCGCAAUUAAUAAGUUAGAGACACUUGAUGAGCCCAUUGAUGACGAUUUGUUGCAUUUGAAGAAGCCGGACCUCUCCGUUCUGAACGUCAACAUUGCUGCAACCUGCGGCUAG